AUGCCCGUCGCCGCUCGAGAGGCAUCAAUCUACACCGGUAGUACCUUUGCAGAAUACUGGCGCGAUCAGGGCAAGAAUGCUGCUAUGUUGUCAGACUCAACAUCUCGAUCGGCAGAAGCUCUGAUUAACGUCAAUGAUCCGCAACUCAUUACUCUUGUCAACAAACUACAAGAUGUCUUCACUACGGUUGGCGUCCAAAACCCUAUAGACCUCCCUCAGAUAGCCGUGGUGGGUUCGCAAUCGAGUGGAAAGAGUUCGGUACUUGAGAAUAUAGUCGGGAGAGAUUUCCUACCAAGAGGCACGGGUAUCGUCACUCGGCGGCCACUUAUACUUCAGCUCAUCAAUCGGCCACCGCCUGCUUUACCGCAGCCCAACGGAGUCAAUGGAGAUAUCAAAUCGACAGACAAAGAAUCCAACGUUGACGAAUGGGGGAAGAUCGUCAGAGAAACAGACUCAAAAACGGGUCGGAACCAAGGAAUCUCACCAGCUCCCAUCAACCUUCGAAUAUAUUCUCCCAAUGUCCUCACGCUGACCCUCGUCGAUCUGCCCGGUCUGACGAAAGUACCGGUUGGAGAUCAGCCAAGAGAUAUCGAAAGACAGAUUCGAGAGAUGGUCCUCAAGCAGAUACAAAAGCCCAAUGCUAUUAUACUAGCGGUGACUGCUGCGAACACAGAUCUGGCUAAUUCAGAUGGGCUGAAGCUGGCUCGUGAAGUAGAUCCUGAAGGGCAACGAACAAUUGGCGUCCUGACUAAGGUGGACUUGAUGGACGAGGGAACUGAUGUUGUAGAUAUUCUUGCCGGUCGGAUCAUUCCCUUGAGGCUCGGUUACGUACCCGUGGUCAACAGGGGGCAGAGAGACAUCGAGAACCAGAAGGCCAUUUCACACGCUCUGGAGAAUGAGCGAAACUUCUUUGAAACUCAUAAAGCCUACAAAAACAAGAGCUCUUACUGCGGAACCCCUUAUCUCGCUAGAAAGCUCAAUCUAAUCCUCAUGAUGCAUAUUAAGAACACGCUCCCAGAUAUAAAACAGCGCAUAGCAACAUCAUUAGCGAAAUACUCUGCUGAAUUGAAUCAGCUUGGCGACUCAAUGCUCGGAAAUAGCGCGAACAUAGUACUCCAGAUCAUUACAGAGUUUUGCAACGAAUAUCGAACAGUCUUGGACGGUAACAAUCAAGAAUUGUCAAGCACAGAGCUGUCUGGAGGAGCAAGAAUCAGCUUCGUGUUUCACGAGCUUUAUUCCAACGGGGUUAAGGCAGUGGAUCCUUUCGACCAGGUAAAGGACAUUGACAUUCGAACAAUUCUAUACAACUCUUCAGGCUCGUCUCCAGCUCUGUUCGUUGGAACUACCGCCUUCGAACUUAUCGUCAAGCAGCAGAUCAAGCGUAUCGAGGACCCUAGUUUGAAAUGCGUUUCCCUAGUAUAUGACGAAUUAGUACGCAUCCUCGGUCAACUUCUCCAGAGGCCCAUCUACCGCAGGUAUCCGUCAUUGAAGGAGAAAUUUCAUUCUGUGGUCAUCAGUUUCUUCAAAAAGGCAAUCGAUCCCACGAACAAGCUCGUCAGGGACUUAGUGGCAAUGGAAUCUUGCUACGUCAACACUGGUCACCCUGACUUUUUGAAUGGCCAGAGGGCUAUGGCAAUCGUCAACGACCGCUCUAGCGCCGCGAAGCCCACCCAAGUCGACCCCAAAACGGGGCGACCCCUUCCACCAGCUGUUCCACCCCGGGCCUCGAGUCCAUCGCUAGAUUUGACGGCGGACGGCGGGUCUGGAUUCUUUGGUAGUUUCUUCUCGAGCAAGAACAAGAAGAAGAUGGCAGCCAUGGAUUCCCCGCCACCACAGCUGAAGGCUUCAGGGACGCUCUCAGAUAAGGAAGCCAACGAAGUGGAAGUCAUCAAGCUCCUGAUCAACUCAUACUACAACAUCACGAAGCGCACCAUGAUCGACAUGGUACCAAAGGCUAUCAUGCUUAACCUCGUGCAGCAUACGAGGGAAGAAAUGCAACGAGAACUCCUCGAAAAUAUGUACCGGACCAAUGAGAUAGAUGAAUUACUGAGAGAGAGCGAACAUACGAUCCGACGACGGAAGGAAUGCCAGCAGAUGGUGGAGAGCUUAAGCAAAGCAAGCGAGAUUUUCUCGGAAUGGGGAGAGCAGCAAUGCGCAGCGGUCGGCGUCACGUUCAGCAGAGGCUCAGGAAAUGUCGCUACGACAACAGCGGCCCAACAUGCAGAUGCUGCUGCAACCACUGGGCCUGUCCCCACUGGUGGAUUUGCUCCAACUACAACGUCCUCCGUGGGCCAGCCAGCUCCAACUUUCGUCAACCCUCAGCCCGAGUCCAAUUCUGGAGGUGGACUUUCCGCCGGUGCGAAAGCUGGAGUAGGCGUCGGUGCUGGUCUUGGUGGUGCGCUGGUUCUCGGCUUAAUUGGCUUCCUUCUCUAUCGCGAGCGACAAAAGAAAUAUACAAUGGCGCAACAACCACCGCCAGUGGAGCCGGUGCCUCCGGCUCCAGCUAUGUCACAUAAACCAAAUUCUUCAACCGGAGUCUCUGGUAUCAAUGGCAGCGAGGCCACCAGUGGUGCUGCUACGUGGACGACGAAUGAGACCAAAAUUACACCUGCGACGGAACAUGAGCUCACUGGUGAUGAACCAACACAUCAGCAUGAUCUUGAAACGGGACAUGGAGAACCGCAGUCGACAGUGUUGUGA